CUGAGAUCAUGGAAGGGAAGUGGUUCCUGUGCAUAUUACUGGUCCUGGGAACUGCUGUCACUCAGGCUCAUGAUGGACAUGACGAUGAUGUGAUUGACGUUGAGGAUGACCUUGACGAUGUCAUUGAGGAGGUGGAAGACUCAAAGCCAGACACCAGCACUCCUCCUCCGUCUCCAAAGGUCACCUACAAAGCUCCAGUUCCAACAGGGGAAGUGUUUUUUGCUGAUUCCUUUGACAGAGGAACUCUGUCAGGGUGGAUUUUAUCCAAAGCCAAGAAAGAUGACACCGAUGAUGAAAUUGCCAAAUAUGAUGGGAAGUGGGAGGUCGAUGAAAUGAAGGACUCUAAGCUUCCAGGUGACAAAGGACUUGUGCUGAUGUCUCGGGCCAAGCAUCAUGCCAUUUCUGCUCAACUGAACAGGCCCUUCCUGUUUGACACCAGGCCUCUCAUUGUUCAGUAUGAGGUUAAUUUCCAAAAUGGAAUCGAAUGUGGUGGUGCUUAUGUGAAACUGCUUUCUAAAACACCAGAACUCAACCUGGAUCGGUUCCAUGACAAGACCCCUUACACGAUUAUGUUUGGCCCAGAUAAAUGUGGAGAGGACUACAAGUUGCACUUCAUCUUCCGCCACAGAAACCCUAAAACGGGUGUUUAUGAAGAAAAGCAUGCGAAGAGGCCAGAUGCCGAUCUGAAGGCCUACUUUACUGAUAAGAAAACGCAUCUUUACACGUUAAUCUUGAAUCCAGAUAAUAGUUUUGAGAUAUUAGUUGAUCAGUCUGUUGUGAACAGUGGAAAUCUGCUGAGUGACAUGACUCCUCCUGUAAACCCUUCGCGUGAAAUUGAGGAUCCAGCAGACCAGAAGCCAGAGGAUUGGGAUGAAAGACCGAAAAUACCAGAUCCAGAGGCUGUCAAGCCAGAUGACUGGGAUGAAGAUGCCCCUGCUAAGAUUCCAGAUGAAGAAGCCACAAAACCAGAAGGCUGGUUAGAUGAUGAGCCUGAAUAUAUACCUGAUCCAGAUGCAGAGAAGCCUGAGGAUUGGGAUGAAGACAUGGAUGGAGAAUGGGAGGCUCCUCAGAUUGCCAACCCAAAAUGUGAGUCAGCCCCUGGGUGUGGCGUCUGGCAGCGACCUCUGAUUGACAACCCUAAUUAUAAGGGCAAGUGGAAGGCUCCCAUGAUUGACAACCCCAACUACCAGGGAAUCUGGAAACCCAGAAAAAUACCAAAUCCCGAUUUCUUUGAAGAUUUGGAACCUUUCAGAAUGACUCCCUUCAGCGCUGUUGGCUUGGAGCUAUGGUCCAUGACCUCUGACAUCUUUUUUGACAAUUUUAUCAUCUGUGCUGAUCGGAGCGUGGCUGACGAUUGGGCCAGUGCCGGAUGGGGCCUGAAAAAGGCUGCUGAUGGAGCAGCUGAGCCGGGUGUCGUGGGGCAGAUGAUUGAGGCAGCCGAAGAGCGCCCUUGGCUCUGGGUGGUCUACAUUCUGACUGUAGCUCUGCCUGUGUUCCUGGUCAUCCUCUUCUGCUGUUCUGGAAAGAAACAGCCCAGUUCUGUGGAGUACAAGAAAACUGAUGCUCCUCAACCAGAUGUGAAGGAAGAGCAAGAAGAGAAGGAGGAGGAGAAGGACAAGGCAGAGGAGGAGGAGGAAGAGGGUGAAGAAAAACUUGAAGAGAAACAAAAAAGUGAUGCUGAAGAAGAUGGUGGCACCGUCAGUCAAGAGGAGGAAGAGAGAAAACCUAGAGCGGAGGAGGAUGAAAUUUUGGACAGAUCACCAAGAAACAGAAAGCCACGAAGAGAGUGACACAAUCUUAAGAACUUGAUCUGUGAUUUCCUCUCCCUCCUUCCCCCUGCAAGAGUGGUCCUGGAGAGGACCUGGCACACCUUAGGUCGAAACUCAGAAAACCUCAAGACGCCACCAUCAGCAGGCUCCAGUCAAACACUAGUCUGUACCUUUAAACAUCUAGCAGUAAAUACUUGCAGUUGUGGCAUAAAGGACCCUGUUUCUGUAGAAAAAGAAUACAUUUAACAUAAUGGUUGUGAAAUGUAACAUGAAGCAACUAACUUGUAUUUUUUGUUGUUUUUAAACAUCUUUGUUUUUUAAUAGAAUGAUAGAACUUUGCCAGUCUUUAAAAUCUUGGCUUAAUUUAAUAUAUUAAUCUGUCCAUGCAGAAAUAACACCAACAGUUAAAAAUGCUAGGGGGAUAAGUUGCAGUUUCUAUAACAGAUUUUUUUUUUAAGUUUGGUAUUAAAAGACAUUCAAGUGUCUCUGUCCCUUCAGGCUGAUAAUCAUGUUUAAGUGCAGUCAUUUGUGGUUAGAAUCUUGUUUUGCUUGCUUCCAGUACUCAAUUCCUCCUACGGAAAUUGAGGACAGGGAUUGGAUGGAAGCCCAAAUUUAUAUAAAAGUUUCGUUUAAGUUGUGUUCAAAAUAGACAUACAAAAAGAAAAAAAAAACUUUUCAUUUGAUACUGGUUAGACCAGAAAGUGCAUGUGUUCUGUUGCCCUUGGAACCGCUGGGUUCCCAGACAGCUGCAUAGUUAGUGGAGGAGAUGGCUUCAGGUGGCCCUUGGGCAUCCAUACUCCGCCCUCAGAGUGGGGGCUUGUUGAGGACCCUAGCUUGGGAGUAGUUGUCUUCAUCACUCUCUCACCGUGUUGACGCUGUUUCCCUGCCUCUCCCACCCCCAGCUUUCUCUGCUGUGCAUUUUCUUCACAGCACAGCUUGCAGUCUGUUGCUGAAAGUGAUGGUAAGCUCUGUCUCAUGCUGAGCUUGAUGGCGAUUACAUGUAUGCUGUUUCUUCUUUAAAGCAGACCCACACCUUUCCAGGGUCCAGGUACAGGGGAGAAUAUGAUCAUUCAUUUUUGUCCAUUUCUUUUACUCUGUGUGAAGACUUUAGAAGUCCAGUCAAGAGGCGAGCCAAUCCAGAGCUGACUGUAAUUGAACACAGGCUAAAGUAUUUGUAGGAGCCUCAUGAAGCAUGAGUUAUCUGAUUUUUGUAGCUGCUAAGUAUUUUAAGCCUUCAUUUGCAAGUCAUGUAAGAGUUUCGUCUUAAGUUACACAAUAAUGCAGUCCCAUUCAAACUUUUUAAAAAUGUGGCUUGUAGAAUUUUUAAAAAGUGUCUUAGGUUUCUUUUUUCAUGUGGAAUGCAGAUGGGUGCUAUCAGAGCCUCUCCCACACCAUUCUAGUGUAAUACUUUUAUUACACUACACUGAAACGGAUUCAGAAUUAGGUGUUACUUUUAGCUUUAUUCUUUCUUCACAGGUGUUUCAGAUGUACCGAUGAUACUGUUCCUUGCACUGAAUAUAUAAAUGCUCCACGGUGUUUAUACUGGGGAGAUAGUGGGGAGGGGGUAUAUUUGUAAAAGAUGAAGGCUGUAUCCAUUUAUUUUGUUUAUCUUCAUUUUCUUUUUUUUUUUACUGGUUCACCUAAAUUCUUUUGAGGGUGGGAUGCAUUUUUCUUGCUGUUCAGUGCUUUUUCCUUUUCAUCUGUUCUGUGGUCACCGUGACCUUAGCUAUGUAGCAGACUUUCCCAAAUGUUUUGAGUGGAAAUAAACAGUUGUUACUUAGCAAGACCUGAACAAGUCUGCAGGUUUCUCCUUGAAGCAAAUUUGUGGGAUCAGUGUGCAUUUCCAGGGACCUGCCUUCCUCAUUCUCCACGGACAGUGUAUGUCACGCCUCGCUUUCUUCCAGCUGAGCUUUAAAACCAGUAGGUUUAAAUCAUUAGAGUGUUCGUUGCCUUUUCAGGGUUAUUUAGUAAAGUUUGUUCAAAACAAAAUCGCCUUUUCUUGGUUCUUUUUUUCAUUGUUGUGGAAGGUGCAGCAUCCUGAAGACUGUCUGGUGCACUCAGGAAUGCUCAGCGGCCGUUUUCAGCACUUACCAAGGCCCUUCCAUUACGGUUCACACACUGGUUCCUGUUCCACUGUUGUGGAAGUAUGCACUCUAUCAGAUGUGUUCCUUAGUUUUUCUUUUCCACAGAGUACUCUUCGUUUUUUCAAAUUGUCACAUUACUAAAUGGUGUUACAUUAAAGCCGUGUUAAUUGUC